UUUCCUUUUGCUGCAGGCUCAGCUUUACCAAUACAUCCCUCACCAUGCAAUUUUCACUCGCUCUUCUCGCUUCGCUCCUUAUUGCCGGACUGGUUCAGGCACUUCCCACCAAACGCGACGCUGGUAGUCUCUGGGGCAUCACAUACACAGCCAAGGGUUCUGACGGAUCCUGCCACAGCGCCGAGCAGGUCUCGGAAUCCAUCAAGCGCUUCAAGGACAACGGCAUUAUGAACAUCCGUACCUACUCACAAGAAUGCGACCAACUCCCCAACAUUUUGAACGCUAUCCAAGAAAACGGCGGCGAUAUGAAGGUUUUGGCGGCGAUCUGGAUUGGCGGCGAUAACGAUGACAGCGAAGUCUCCAACCUCGAAAAGGCAUUGGAAGGCGCCAACAAGAACUUGAUCUCUGGCAUUGCCGUUGGUAACGAAGCUGUCCAUGCUGGUCUUAUGGAUGCCUCUUCCGUCGCCUCCAGGAUCAAGGAAAUCAAGCAAAAGUUUGGCGAGUACAAGGUUGGCACCGUCGAAACGGCCGCUGGUUUCAGCAGCGACAUGAUCGAUGCUUCGGAUAUCGUCUGGGUCAACAUUCACCCCUUUUUCGGUGGCGUUUCCGCUGACGAAGCUGUCCAGAACUUGCAGCAACAGCUCAGCAGCUUCAAGGGCAAGGCUAGUGGCAAGGACAUUGUGAUCGGCGAGGUCGGCUGGCCGUCCGAAGGCGACACUAAUGGUGACGCUAAGCCUGGUACCGACGAAAUGUCCACGGUGGUCAAGGCUUUGAUGAAUAGCGACAUCAAAUACUACUACUUUGAAUCCCACGACAGCAAGUGGAAGGGUGGCGGUGCUUACAAUAUCGAGCCUCAUUGGGGCAUUGUUGACCAGAACGGAAAGUCCAAGAUCUCUGAAUAUCAAUAAGUCAGAACAUGAAUAAAAUUUCUAUA